GAAGAAACUUUGUGGAUGGACGGUGGGGCGCGGGACCGUGGUCGGUCUCCGGUACCCGCGUGGGAGCAGCAGUGCCCCUGGGAGUUUCCAGGAAGCAACCAUCGCCCCGCAAACCACGACCACAAAGCCGGUUCAACGGCUUGACACACCACGGCGCACGGACGCUACCUCUCCUCACUGUCGCGCGCGAGUUGUGGCGGCGGCUGGCGAACGACGGCGUCAAACGGCGCCAGAGAAGUUUCACGGCAACCAAGGAGCAGCAAACCGGAGCCAUCCUUUCAAGCCAUGGCGCUGUGGACUGGGCUAGGGCAAGCGGCGACAGUGGCGCAGCUGGUCGGAGCAGACGUCGGCGGGCUCGUCUCCAUGAUCUUGCAGUCUGCGCUUACGGCUCGGCAAAAUAAGAGUGAGUGCGAGCAGCUCGCGCGUCGGGUCCUCAUGAUCGCGCAGCUGUUGCCGCAUGUGCAGGAGCCAGAGGCGGCGGAGCCGCUGGCCGGGCUGGGGGAUACACUCCGGGACGCCCAUGAGCUCGUUUUGUCCUGCCAGGGAAGGAGCGCGGCGUACCAGUUUGUCAUGGCCGGCAGGACGGCCGAAAGAUUCAGGGAGGUCCAGAGCAAGAUCGACUCCUACCUCAUCGUGUUUCCCGUGAUCAGCCACAUCGGCAUCACGCGCCGCCUCGAACGGAUCUACAAUGUCCUUGUCCCAAAUGACUCCACCAGUGUUGAACCGUCUCCGCUUCCACAUCGGCAGGGGUCUACAGAGGUGGCACAAGAGGUACCGCUGCAUGAAACCCAGGAAUUCACGUUGGUGGAGAUCAUGGCUGCCACCAAUAACUUCGCCCUUGAUAAUAAGAUUGGUUGCGGCGGCUUUGCUACGGUGUACACGGGCAGGCUUUCGGAUGGGCGAGAGGUGGCCAUCAAGCACAUCAUCUAUAACCAUCGGCGCGCUGUAGAAGAUUACCACACAGAGCUCAACAUCCUAUCACGGCUCCAAUACAAACACAUUGUCCGCCUCCUUGGAUCGUGUGUUACUGUGAGUAUGGACAAGCACCUGCUAACCACCCCGCAAAAGAAGAAAAAGGGCCUGCUAACUAGGUGGAGAAAGGAGCCGGAAGUGCUGGAGAGGUUUAUUGUCUACGAGUACAUGGAGAAUGGCACGCUCUACGACCACCUGCACGGUGAUCAGGCCGGCACCUCUUCGCUGUCGCCGGUGACAAUGUCCUGGAAGAUGCGGGCCGAUGUGCUACUCUGCGUAUCACGCGCCAUUGAACACCUACACUGUCAUGCCAACCCAUCGAUCAUCCACCGGGACAUCAAGUCAACUAACAUCAUGUUCGAUGCUAGUUGGGUGCCACGUGUGACAGACUUUGGCGCGUCUAUCGUCUGGGACAUGGCGAGUGAGGAGGAAGGAAUGACUCUAAGCGUUGCAGGCACACUUGGGUACGUCGCCCCUGAGUACGCCAUGCAUUGUCUUCUGAAGCCGGCGUGCGAUGUGUACAGCCUGGGAGUGGUGAUGCUGGAGGUUCUAACAGGAAAAGAGGCAUUAUCACAAGGGGAUUAUAGGAUGAGAGCAGGAUUGGCAUCCUUCGCAGUGCCAAUAAUCGAGGCAGGUAAAUUUGAGGAGUUGCUAGACAGGCGUCCGGUGCCGGAGCCAACGGCAGGGCAGCUCAAGGCGCUGGAGCAGGUAGCACAUACUGCACGAUGUUGUGUGAAGUUGGACGGGAAGGACCGACCAGCCAUGUCAGACAUCGUGGCAAACCUCGAGAUGGCGUACGAGUUGAUCUGCAGAGACGAGCCAGGUUCAGUUGACGAGUUACCAAACUCACCACGUGUCAGCGGCAUCUCGUCGGCAAGCUAAAAUUCCAAUCUGGAAUCUGAGGUGUUGGAGGAGGGCGUUGACACCCAUCUUUGAAGGCGUCCUCUCCAACGGAGCAUUGCACUGACCGGGGCAGGCGGCAGGCUUCACGACGGGCUGGCGGGUGGCUGUGAAGUGCUUCAGUAACCCGAUGAGAAUCCUGUUACUACUGCACGUAUGCAAUGGUCGCUUUUCGUAAUCUGCACGCGCUUGUUUGCGCGGGCGGUUUGGGACAGAGCUUGGGUUGAAAUCCCACUGUAGUUUCAUUUUGCUUCUUCACCACCCACCCUGCUUUGUUCUUCUAAGCGGUUACAUAGGAAAGGAACACAACAUGCGGCUAAUGGUCACCACUCUACAUAGUUUCUAGCCUUUUUUUACUUUGAAAUUACUUUGGUUUUUAGCC